GGCUGCAGCAGUGAUACGAGUAGAAAGAGCCCAACAGAAAGUUAAAGAAAGAUGUGAUAAACAGGCUUCAAUUAUCGAGGAAUUAAAGAAAGGAGAGCUUGUGUUGGUCUUUAAGGCUUCACAAGAAAACUCAAAAAGUCAUAAACUCAGCCCUAAAUGGAAAGAACCAUUCGUUAUCCAUAAAAUCCAAACAAAGGGAGUGUUUAAACUUCGUACUCUUGAUGAAAAUAUAAUAAAAACACCUAUAAAUCGAAAAUUAUUAAAAAGGUACUAUGUACGAAAAAACUAA